CAGGGGUUUCAUGACAGUGGUUGUUAACAGAGUAUUCGCUAGCGUACUGUAAGUGAAUGGAAUAUCUGGCGUUCGAAGGCGCGCCAAUCCGCCAAUCACCGAAGUCAGUCAGUGCCGCUCAGAGCUCGGACGAGAGUAGAUGUGCUGUCGAUUCUCCGAACGCUCUUCUCGCGUGUUUUUAAAAUCGCGAGUGUUAUCCUGAUUACAUUUCUUUGAUUUUACUUAGUGAAGUUUUGAUAUGUGUUCAGUUUAGUGUGUGAAUACAUUGGAUUGUUUUUAAAGUAACAAUGUGGUCUGGCAAGAAGUCCGAGGGAACUCCCGGGUCUCCCACAGAAGAGGAGAUCAAAGUGGUCUUAGUAGGAGACACGCAAUGCGGUAAAACCUCGCUGGUGCAGAGGUUCGUCUCCGACACAUUUAUCGAGGCGUACAGUCCGACGGGCUUCGAGAAAUACGGAUACACAUGCACAGUCGCUGAUUUUAGAGUCAACUUCUCUGUUUGGGACACAUCGGGAACGACAUCGUACGACACGGUGCGGCCGCUGGCGUACCAGGAUGCGAAGAUCUUCAUGCUGUGCUUCAACGUGGCUGAGCCAGAGUCCCUCCACAACGCUGCUGCUAAGUGGUACAGAGAAGUACGUACACACGGCGGUUCUGCUCCUGUACUCCUCUGCGGCUGCAAAGCUGACCUUCGACACGAUAAAGAAACCCUCACCAUGCUGUCCAAGCUUAAGGCACACCCUGUUACAAGCGAAGAGGCAUUAGGCGUUGCGAGACAGCUUGGCGCCACGACUUAUGUGGAGACCUCGGCGCGAGCGUCCAGCAAAGGCGUUAAAGAUGCGUUCGAAGUAGCCGCCUUUGCCGCGCUGGGGAAACUGAACAAACAACAAAUGAAACAAAAGCAGCAAGUAGGUCGCAGCAAAAGCAAGCGCGACCUGAAGGCAGAGCUGAAGGGGCGAGCCAAGAGCUGCUGCGUUAUGUGAUCCGGGGCCGGCCACCCCUCGCGGUGGCCGCACGACGUCUAAGCCAUCGCGAACGUUUCUAGAUAAAGCCUAAGCGCCAUUAGGAAGAAUUCAGACGAUAAAGAGCUGUAAAAUGUCAUUGAUUAUGACUUCUUGAGCUGUAAUAUGUUAGAAGAACGUGGCGAUUUCUUUUGCCCAAAGCCUGUGUCUUUAGCAUUCGCGGCUGACGGUGACAGUCAUUCUUGGUCUGAUCAGUGAUGCAAAGAAUCUUUCCUGAUGCAAUCGUAAAAAUCUGUGUUUGACAAGUUGGCUCACAAAUUCAAUUUUGACGUAUUAAAACAUUAAGUAUGACGUUGAUAUUUCAAGUUUGAAAUGUAAAGGUAAUUUAUGAAUUCGAUGUAUAAAGUUAUUUAAGUAUUGGCGUGUCGACAAUUGGAUGGACUUCCUUGAGAAAUAUCAAUGAAACGAAGGUGCAAUCUAAGAAGCUAUUUGGGAGUAAAAGGAGCCUGUGAUAAUCUAUUAUAGGAAAUUCGUAAACGAGACUCUCCAGGAGAAACAAUAAUAUCGUGAGCACUUAAAACUUAAUUUUAGAGUGAUUAAAGUUAGGCUUAAGCGUUGACGAUAAUUGUUCUCUUCUCGAAAUGAGUCGGAGAAAUUUUAAUAGGAUGGUUUGAGGCACAUAGGCGCUCAGUCAGUGAAAUUAUUAAAAAUAUUAUCUAGUAUCACGUGUAAAGUGUUUUGCUAGAUAUGAGAUACACUCGAUUUGUCGCUUAGAAGUUUUAUUUUCCUCAACGUUGUUGUAGUGGAGAAAAAAUUAAAGAGUCAAUAUAAUGCAAAGUACCUCUUGCCUAGCAAUGUCACAUGAAUUAUGGAAUACCUAUGUAAAUAUACGAACGGUUAAAGUGUUGAACGCAGAAUAGUUCGUAAAACUUAUUUAAAUCAAAUGGUACUGAAAUGUUAUUUAAAUGUCAUAAAAAAGCGACAGCGUAAUAUUCUAAUGAAAAUUGUAAAAAGAUAAUGUGUAACGAAAAAUAAGUGUUUUCAUAUACAAUAAAUAUAGAUAAAAUACUUAGUGUUUUUAUUAUAAUACUAGCAUUUUCAAAUUGGUGUAUGUAAUAGUAUGUAUAGCUAUAAAAUUUACGAUAUUUUUUUCAGUAGGACCAACGUUUUAUGCGCUGUAUAAUUGUAUAUAAGUUAGUAGAAAAUACAAUGUGGUUGUUUCUCGAUGUUGGAAGCGUUUUCUUAUAUUUUGUGAUAUACAUACGUAAAAUAACUAAAAUAUGAUGCACAAUGAUGGACAAUACGAUUAAAUAAUGGUCCAGGUGUAGUUUACCACGUCCAUGUUUGCUACGUUAGAAGUUAAAAUUUUGUACCGUAACGAUGUUAAAUUUAGUGUUCGCUGCCUGCGACUCAGUACAUUUCAGAUUUUUAUUUGUUAACAUUUUGUGUUUUUAGAACUAACGAUAAGCUAUCGACAUGGCUACAAUGAAAACAAGGAUCAAUAUUUUCAUUAGCUUCGUUUUUAUUUUUAAAUAAACUAGCCUGAUCGUUAUUACUUUUAUAAAUAAAACAAAACAUUUUGUUUUUUUUUUCAUGUAGUUAGUCGAUAUCAAGCUUUAAAUUCAAUAUUAGCUUUAAUUACUGCGUAAUGUUAUGUAUACCUAUUUAAAUAUAGUUGUAUUGAGGAUAUUGCUUUUAGUAACUUUAAAAUGGUUUUUCAUUAGAUGGUUAUUUGAUUGUUAAAAUAUUUACAUAUCACAACAUCUUCACUCUUAUUUACUUUAACAUUUGUAAAUUUCUUGUCCCUAUAUUACACAAGGCAAAAUGGUUUAAAAAUAGUUUUAUAUGGUAGUACCAUUUACAAUUAAUUAUCAUCAAAUAAGUGAUAAAUUCAAGAGUAAUUCAAUGAAUUGAAUUACUAAGUUGGAUUUGUACUCCUCCAAUUUAAAUUCCUUUAAGCACCAAGACCAACAUUAAAUAACAGCGUUUAAACCAUUUUUUAUUCGUGUGAUUGAAAUUUAAAUGCAAUUUUGAUAGUACUAUUUACUAAAAUUUCAGAAAUAGCGUUAUUUCAAAGUGAUGACGGUAUAACCGUUGCGUAAAAUAAGCUAACAUUAAUUUUAAUAAUAAAAAAUGCCUUAGGCGUAAUUAUUUGGUAACAAUCUUCGUGUACUUUAAUUUUUUAUAUUUUUAGAUAAAUUUCAAUAUAAGUUAUUAUACCUAUAUUUAUAUAAAGUCAGUUUAAUAUAUUUGAGCCUUGAUCCUAUUGUUUUACGAUACAAAUUGUGUCGAAUCGCGGAAAAGGAACGUUUUAUUUUAAUGUGUGUUCCUUAAGGGGCUCCCGCGGUUUUCAUCGAUUUUUGACAAAUUUUGAGUUGUUACUCCUACAUUUGCACUACAAAUAGAAUUAUAAGACAAAUGGUUAUCGGUUCUUCAAUCUUUUAUCUUUAAAAAAUAAUUGUUAAAUCAGUUUUUCGAUACAGGAUCUGCACGUCAUUAAAUGUUGCCCCCUAAAAUCCGCUGUAUGAUCAUAUUUAAGUAAUUGAGCACUUAAAGUAAGUACCCUAAAGCUCCUUUUCCGAUUGAACGUCAUAUUAACGCAGUAUUGUACAUAUGAAAGCUCCAAAUAUGUUGCUGACUGUACCCCUAGUAAUAAAUCUAUGGCGUCUUAUUGGGUGCGGAUGCACGCCGCUCCGAUGAGCGAGUGGGACAUCGGUAUGCACGCAUAGCACUGUCUCGCUCACAAACCGAUGCGUAUCUUAAUGUACACACGUUUUAUAUUUUAACAGUUGUUGGAACUCUGCUACUUUGAAUGUUGUCUCUAGACUAUCAAAUAUAGCGUUCAGUGUUUUUGAAAA